GCGCGCGCCGGCCUCCGCCUGCGGCCCGCCGCGCUGGGCGCCGACGCCGCGCCGCGCCGAGAGCUGCUCGCGCUGUUACACGAGGGAAACGACUCUUUCUUAUUUUUGGAUUACGAUAUGUGGUCUGACCUCGACCGGGUAUACGUUAUCGAUCCACCGCCGGACGAAGACGAAAUCGAUGAAUCGGUGCGCCUCGCCGACACUUGGGCGCUGAGUCAGGUGGCGCCUGACGUUUUGCAAGCCUUUCACAGAUUCGAGCCCUCUCCGACGGAUCUGCGUAGAGUGCUCGAGCUCGAAGCCGCCGGUUCGAACGUCACGGAAGCCGCCUGCGCGGUGGCGUCGAACGUCGCACGGUUCGAAUUUUGGUUCGAUUCGAAGUUAAAGUACGACACGUCGUAUCUGCUGGACGUGUUUCUGUGCAAAAGCGACCCGGACAAAAAAGAAAUCGCGGAGGUCAUACCGAAAAUAAUCAAAACGGUCGCUUCGCAGACGAAACUGAGCUUCGAAUUCAACGUAUCCGUUUUCGACGUGGACUGCGAGGACGAAAACUCGCUGAUGAGGAAGUACAUCGAGCGCGCCCAGAGCGCGCACUGGGCGCGGGCG